AUGGCCUUUGAUCGCUAUGUGGCCAUCUGUUCUCCCUUGAGAUAUAACACCAUCUUGACUCCCAAGACCAUCCUCAAGAUUGCUGUGGGCAUUUCCUUCCGAAGCUUCUGUAUCAUCCUGCCAGUUGUAUUCUUGCUGACACGCCUGCCUUUUUGUAGGAACCGCAUCAUUCCCCACACGUACUGUGAGCACAUAGGUGUUGCCCGGCUUGCCUGUGCAGAUAUCUCCAUCAACAUCUGGUAUGGCUUUUGUGUUCCCAUCAUGACGGUUAUCUCAGAUGUGAUUCUCAUUGCCGUUUCUUACACCCUCAUCCUCUGCACUGUUUUUCGCCUCCCCUCCCGUGAUGCUCGCCAGAAGGCCCUUGGCACCUGUGGUUCCCAUGUCUGUGUCAUCCUCAUGUUUUACACUCCUGCCUUUUUCUCUAUUCUUGCCCAUCGCUUUGGGCACAAUGUCUCUCGCACAUUCCACAUCAUGUUUGCCAACCUGUACAUUGUUAUUCCACCUGCACUAAACCCCAUUGUCUACGGAGUGAAGACCAAGCAGAUCAGAGAUAAGGUUAUAAUUUUGUUUG